AUUAUCCCGGAUUGUCUAGUGAGAUCGUAAAUGUAGCGUUACUAUCAACAGGAAGGAGUGCGUUGUGUAGCUUGAUAGCUGUCGAAUUUGCAUUUACCUUUAAGGAAAGUACACGUUUAAACAUGUCGUUUAAAAGGGAAGGCGACGACAAGAGUCAGUUGAACAUACUGAAGAAACGACGUGUGGCGGAUCUUCUGUCGAAUUUUAUUCCAGAAGAUGAAGCCGCUUUAUUGAAAAAUGGAAGAUACACUUGCCUCGUGUGCUCCUAUCGUCCCGUGUUUGAUACGGUUGACAUGCUGACAGUGCACAGAAAGGGCAAACGGCAUCUAGAAGGAUUGAAAUCUCACUAUGGAAGAAAAACACAGUUGAAAAAUGAAAUAACCAAGAGGAAACAUGAAAACUACAUCCAGGCUGAAGACAGGAAACAGGAACCCUCCAGCUCAGCACCAUUACUGGAACAAACCCGGAAGCUCACACAUCAUGCCUUGUUGAAGACUGUACCAUACAACAGCUGCCAUCAGAAAACCAGUACCAAAUCUGAGAAAGCUUCAUCAAGCAACACUUCCAGUAACAGCUGCAUCAGUUACCACAAAACACCGUCGGAGGACGUAGACAAAAGUGCAGAAAGUAAAGUUUUGUUGAGCACCGUACCAAGCACCUCCACUAGUCUAACAAAAGCCAAUAAAGAGUUUGAUCUAUCGGAAGACGCUAAAGGAUCUCAGCUUGUAGUCCCACCAGAGGCAAAGCCUAUGACAGCCAUUAGGAGGAGAGAGCUGGAGCAUUACCUCAAACUAAAAAGUGAUGGAUGGAUACAGGACCGCAGCGGUCAGUGGAUUAAAGAUGAGAAUGUGGAGUUUGAUUCAGAUGAGGAGGAACCUCCUGCACUCACAUGACUAUCAUAGGUCUAUGGCAUGACUAAAAACUGUGAGAAACACAGAUUUACUCAUACCACAGUGGUAUAAUCGAACAAUAUGGUUGCAUAGAACAACCAUGAAAUCAAUCUCACGGGUUUUCAACCAGCACCAAGAGCAUUACUCUGAAUAACAAGGCCUUCUUUUGUUGUGUGUCUUCUCAUUGAAGAGGAAUCACACCAGUUAUCAUCAGCUGCAUCUUGUGAUGCUUCUUCUUCUCCUAUAUGUUGUAUCAGGCCAAUACAUUUGCGACAUAUUUUUGCAUUUUUGUUUAAUUUUGUAAUUCCAUUUUACACGUGAGCACAAUGUGAUUUAAAACAGAAGAAAAUUGUAAAUGUCUGUAACAACUUCAUAGACUGGGGAAGUUGUUGUGUAAUCCACCAGAGGGCGCGCAAAGCACAGCUUGAUCAACUAUAGAAACCUUUUUGAAAAUGUUUUAAAUGCUGUACUGAUAUUUUAAAAAAAACUAUCCUAGUCCUAGAUGAUAAGAGGAAGUAUUUCUAUUUGCAAAUGGAGGGAUGAAGACAAGGGGAUUUGAUUAUAGAAGAUGUAAAAUAGAUCAUCACAACAAAGAAAUAACAGGAUUGCAGUAGCUGCAAAGAAAAGUAGGCUGCAUUCUUGUGAAGCUAGGUAGCUGUAAACAGCAGAGACAGCGGUAAAUGCACCAGGACUUGGGUUGAUUAACAAAAGAGAAAACAGCAGAAGGUAACAUUUAAGACCCUUCAUAGAAGAUUCAAGGACUUAAAGAAGGUGACAACAAAGCUGAACGAAGGAAAGGGUUUAAUGUAGUAAGACAAUAAAUGCAAGUAAUUGUAGCAACACACCAUCAUGAACCGUAGGUUUAAACUAGAGAGAGGGUCUUUACUCUGAUUAUUAUUAUUAUUAGGCAAGCAAUGAAGCCAUGGUCAAAAGUCAGGACAUGCUAACUGCAAAGACCCUAAAUGCCAACUCUAUCUGACAUCUUGAAUUAUUCUUUAUUUGAGCAAUUAAAAAAGACUAAGGAAGUAAUAGAAUAUUUAAAUAUAACAGUUUAGUUUUAUGCUCUGAGAUAAAAUAACAACAGCAAGAGAGUUGAUUGACAAUGUAAUGCCAAGAAAAGCUAAACUGCUAGUAUUAGCACUAAUCUGAUUAAGAAGCCACUGGUUAUGGAAUUUUUUUUUUGUAGCACAAGCAUAUAUCAAGGUGAGAACAGGAGCUGGGCAGAAAAACUGAUGUUAGUUCAUCAAAGCAAAAGUAAGGGAGAUCUGGGACAUCAUGUCAGUUUGAAGCUCACUAAAAACUCACUAACCAAAUCAAAACAUUCCAAGUAACCAAAUGUCAGUCAGCAUUCAAGCAUGAAUAAAGUUGUAAAUUUACCAAAAACAAUCUUAAAUCAUUUUGCAUUCAUGCAUUCCAAAGCACUGUCAAAUUCAUCUUUGAUCAAGUUUCGGCUAGAAGAUAAAAAUUAGCAAACUAGAGCAGUAACCUCAGCAAUGCUGUGAAAAUCCUCAGAGGUUAACAGCUGUCUCUGCUCAUAAAACUCUGCUGCUGCACAUGGGUGCAACCCUCCUAAAGUUGGGGCUUAUAUUUGGAACCAGGAAACUUUAGCCCAACGGACUUGGUUACAUUUCCCAUCAGGCUUGGGGGUUAAAAAUAACUCAGGUGCUUGUUGGAAAUCAGAGGAUCAGAAAAGACUUUAAGGGAUUAAAGUGCUACGGAAGCGUACAAGAGGAGUUCAUGUCUAUAAUAAUGCAGUUCACGUCAAACAGGCUCAUCACUUUUAUCAUCAUAGCAUCAGUAGAAUAGCGGUUAUUAGCUUGUAAACUUUUACUGCAGCAUAUUUAUCAUCCAAAAAGAGACAUUGUCAGUUAACAUUUAAUCAAGGCAGUCACACGUAGAUGAACCACUAGAGGGCCUUAUAUAAUCUGUUUUAAGAGCCACUUUUCUAUAACAAUAAAAGCUACCGCAUUUUGGCUAGCUUAGCUAUUUACGAGCACUGUUUCAUUUGAGGUAUUUUAAACUUUUUGAAUUGAUGUCUGGGUAAUUUUUACUAAAUUUAGAAUCAGUUUUGCUUUUUUCUCAUUGUUCCAGGGUAAAUGAAUAAUCUGUAGGCAUAAAUAGCAAUGCUAAAGAAAAUUUGAACUGGGAAACUGUAAAAACAUAGAACAAAUUGUUUGACUUGACGUACACAUUUUUUAAAUGGUUGCCACUUAAUGGAGUCAACAAUUACUUACCGGCGCAACAUAAUUUGUUUAAAGUCAGGAAAUAAACAAACAAAAAUAAAACAGAAGUGAAGUUUCCAAACACUGAUAACAAAUACUUUAAUAUAUAUUUUUUUUAUUUAAAUUAUUUACAGUUUGUAUUCUUCCCUUGGUUAGCACCACAUUGAAAAUAAGUAAACGUUUGGGUGUGGGAUGAAGUUGGCAACACACAAAAGCUAAAUGCGCUAAAAAAAAAAAGACACCUCACAAGUUGCUCGUGUCCUACACACAUUU